UAAUCGUAAUAGUAAUUAAAUUUCUUUAUGGCUUCUAAUAAGAUUAAAAUCGGUCAAUAUAAUGUUUUACAAACCCUUGGAGUGGGUUCUUUUGGCAAAGUCAAAAUGGCGGUUCAUUCCAUUACUGGCCAUAAGGUAGCCAUGAAAUUUAUAAAUAGGAAGAAAAUUGCAAAUUUGGACAUGGUCGGAAGAGUGAAACGCGAAAUUCAGUACCUUAAAUUGCUCCGACACCCUCAUAUAAUAAAAUUGUACGAAGUUAUCACAACACCGACCGACAUCAUUAUGGUAAUGGAAUACGCUGGAGGUGAAUUAUUCAAUUUUAUCGUCGAGAAAGGCAAGAUGUCAGAACACGACGCUCGAAGAUUUUUUCAGCAAAUUAUUUGUGCUGUUGAGUAUUGUCACCGGCACAAGAUUGCACACCGAGAUUUGAAACCUGAAAAUCUUCUUUUGGAUCCCUAUCAAAACGUCAAAAUUGCAGAUUUUGGAUUAUCAAAUAUAAUGACCGAUGGAGAAUUUUUGAAAACGAGCUGCGGAAGUCCAAAUUACGCAGCACCAGAAGUCAUUUCUGGGAGAUUAUAUGCAGGUCCCGAAGUCGACGUAUGGAGCUGUGGAGUCAUUUUAUAUGUUAUGCUCUGUGGCCGUCUACCGUUUGACGACGAGUACAUUCCAACAUUAUUCAAAAAAAUUAAUGGUGGUAUUUAUACGCUGCCGCCAUUUUUAUCACCCGAAGCCAAAUCUCUUUUGUCUUCGAUGUUGAUUGUUGAUCCUAUGAAAAGAAUAACUAUUCAAGAUAUUAGGCAAAAUCCGUGGUUUAAUAUUGAAUUACCUGAUUAUCUUAAACCACUUCCAGAAAGUGAGGAAGCUCCAUUUGCUGAAAUAGAUAGUAAUAUUGUGACAGAACUUCAAAAGAAAAUGGGCUUUAGUAGGAAUACUAUAUAUCAGGCAUUACAAGAGCCGGAAAAUAAUCAAAUUAAAGUGGCAUACCAACUUGUAGUAGAUAAUAAACGCAUGAUUUUGGCCGGAAAAAUAUCUGGACAGAAAAAUUGUCAAGGCUUUUUUGCAGCGUCACCUCCUUCAUGGAAUUCUCUUCAGAAUUCAAAGGAAAAAGAAAGAAUAGGCGACGAAGUUGAUGACGCUCCGUCAAGCAUUUCAGUGUUAAGUUCCAGCCUGCCUCUUAGCGAAGAAUAUUGUCAAGGUAAUAUUUUUCCUAAAAUACCCAGUCCGAGUAAAAAAAAGUCGAGAUCAAAAUGGCAUUUCGGAAUUCGUUCACGAAGUCCUCCUCUUGAAGUCAUGCUUGAGAUUUAUCGUGCUCUAAAAAAUUUGGGAAUGGAAUGGAAAACAAUGGACCCUUUCCAUGUUCGAUGUAGAUAUACUUAUUCUACUGGUUCACAAGUUAAGAUAGAUCUACAGCUUUAUAGACUUGACAUCAAUAACUAUCUUGUUGAUUUCAAAAAUGUCGGAUAUGAGUUAUCCGCUGCUACUGAAUUUACAUCAUCAUCAGUUUCAUCACCUUCAUCACUUACAUCGCAAUCUGAAUCAGAUGUCCCGUCAUCAUUGUCAUCCAAUCAACAAGACGGCCCUUAUUCACCCAAAUUUGAAAAUAAUAAAUUUUUAACUCCUCCAAUUACUUCGACAACAGCAAGAAUGCUUCACCAACAAAGGACUGACGGAAAAGAAGUUACAUCAAUGUAUCCCUUUUUUGAUGUGUGCACGAAAUUAAUUACGGAAUUAGCAAUAUCUGGAUGAUUGCUUUACAACAAAUGGACAUUUAUGACUUCCUUAUUUAACUUCUCCUUCCCAACUCUAUUUGUAAAUAAGGCAAAUGUGUUUAUACUAACUUUUUAUAUCUGCCAUUGAAAUUUUUUGUAUUUUUAUUCCUUUAUAGAAGGGUAUAAAUAAGUUUAGUAUUAUUUAUUUAUUUAUUAUUGUACAUUAAAAUGAGAAAGGGGAUUAUAUUAACAAUUAACACUAUUAUAAAAGAUAUAAAUUAAAAAAUAUUUAUUAUUUAGCAUUCUUAUCAAAUUAUUACUUGACAUUC